UUCAUGCAAGUUGUCAGUGUUUUAUCAGCUUUUCUCAACAGCUGUACAGCAGCAAGAUGCUGGCCAGUGUGGGUGAGCACACCUGGACCUGAAUAUCCACUUGUGCUCUGGAAGUACUCCCGUAUUUUUCAUUAGAAUAGAGCCUUUAAGCUCUGCAUGAUGUAAUUUGCUUACAGAAGGGAGAAUGUCUUAUAAGGGCUUUCAAGAAAGCAGACCAAGAUUCUCCAACUUGCUUACUGGUCAGUGCUGGAUAUUUCUGAAGAAAGGUCUAGAUGACUUCAGAGAUGGCUUUCCUCCUUCACCUGAUAACAUGCUUGUUAAUGGCAGGAAGCAGCCUGUCUCAAUUACCCUUGAGAACAGCACACCAAAAUCUUUGUCCAGAGCUCCAUGGAAGAAAAGGAACCAGUGCAGCAGAGCAGAGGUCUGUCUUUGCAAGCUCAGCCUGCUACAGCAAGCCAGGAAGGAUUAUGUUGCACAGAAAGAGUGCUAUCUGAGCCAGCAGCCUUCAGUGCGCUACCCAUGCUUGGAAAAGAGCACCUCCCCAAAGAUCCUGAAAGAGGUUGCAGGUGUCCUGGAUCCUGACAUGAUGCUGAAGAGUAAAGCUGGCUACAGUGACUAUGAACAGGAGAACCAGCCUGGUCAGGAGGUGCUGGGUCAUAUGGAGGACAUGCAAAGCAAAGUAACAGCUUCCAAGACACAGGUACAUGGCAAAGAGUCUUGAGUCAAAACCCCAUGCGUACAGCUUCUCAAGAAGGUAGCAGCAAGAAUAAAGGAAGCCACACUGGCUGACUUUGUUCACUGUGACAAACAUGUAAAGCAAGCAACCAAGCAUUUUUGUGACUGGCUGAUGUUCUGGGGUGGAGGGAAUUGGAAUAUUGAUGAAGAUACCCUCAUAAGCUUGCUCAACACCAGCUGUGAAAGGGAGGCCACUGUCCCUUCACUUUCCAAUGCUGUGAAAUUCAUCAAUGAAACAAAGCAGCUCAAGAGCCAGGACGUUUCACCUCCCCAGUUAGCUGUCAGGAGUUCUCACUACCUAAGGAACCUGCCCUGCCAGGUUAAAGUCCCUUCCCAGACAAAAUAGGAGAAGAUCAGGUAUGGAGCAUGGUAUCUUGAUCCCAAAACAUGGAGAAAACUGAAAGCAAAUGAACCAUUAAAAUAACCAGAGGCCACAAUCAAUAGCCUUGGGAGUGCAAAGAACUGGUUUGAAAAGGAGAUAGAAGUCACACAGCUCUACAGCACACAGGCCUUUAAGGAAUUCCUAGAAAGAAAGGGCCUCAGACAGCCUUUGUUCCUUUGGAAAAUGGUGGGAGAAAAUGAUAGAGCUCCAGAGGAGUCAACCAAAGCUUGCAAGAAAGUGUCUGAAGAGGUACAACAAAAUAAGAGAAGGCUUCAUGACCAUGAAUUAAUACAGAUUUCUAAAUUUUCUUAAAAGGAAUAAAACUAGUAGCUGAGUUGCUCCUAGAAGAAUAUUCUCACAUUGGAAUAAGCCUUAAGGUAGUUUGGAGUCAAUUCUGAAAUGGACAAAUAGUUUGAAGAUUGGAUUUGGAGUACUAAAUUCCAGGCACAAACCACUUGGCUAUCUUAGCAAUGCUUGGGCUUGGCUAGAAGGCAGUCAUGAUGUCUUGUGCUGUAAGCUGCUGUCUAGACAAAGAUCCUGGUCCACAAACAACUUCCUGCUUUUUUAAGCUUUCACUUUGUGCUUACUGCUUUACAGAACAGAAAUAAGUGAUCUCUGAAUUCUCUAAGGUAUAACUGGUGCUGCAAUCUACACACCUACUGAAAAUUGAAACCUUCCAGCUCAAAGUGU